AGAAAUGGGCAUUUAUAAAAGGAAAAGAAAAGAGGAAAGAGAGAGAGAAGAAACAGAGAAUAUAAAGAGACCGGAUGUUGACAAAUAAUCAUCAUGUCACUAUUCUUUAGAACCUCCUUUGAUUUCUUCUUCUUGGGAUCUCUCCCCUUCUCUUUCUCUCUCUAAAUCGAAAUCGAUGAUCAAUGUUGUUGCAACAACACCUACUUCGUUAUUUAUCAUGUAAUUGUUUGUUGGCUUUCGCUUCCUUUUCUUUCUGUAUUUUUCCUAUUAUUACAGCUGGUGUCUAAGUCUUAACACUGGUAGAAUCAAUGGCGGAUUCUUAAGAGGAUGUUGUGGUUCUGAGGGAUGGGAACCAAAGUUCAGAGUCUGCCAGGAUACUACUCAAUGAGAGAUCUUAAUGAGGAAUCCAGCAGUUGUGGCUGGCCCUUAUUUUAUGGAGAUAAAGCACUGGCAAAUGGGCAAUAUUAUCAUAACUAUCUGUCAAGCGCUGCUGUGGAUGUAAGUUCAGCAUCUGAUAAGGAUGUGGUGAAGCAGAUGAUGCUUGGCCAUGAGGCUAUAUUUAAGAAUCAGGUCUUUGAACUUCAUCGUUUAUACAGAAUACAGAGGGAUUUGAUGGAUGAAGUUAAAUUGAAAGAGUUACAAAGCCAGUUAUCUGUUGGGACAUCAUUUUCUGCAGGUCCUUUGCCAUCUCAGAUAACCUCUGAAGAUGGUAAAAAGUGGCACAUUCCUGGCUUUCCAAUUAUAGGAAGUUCUACAUGUGAUAGAGCAUCUAUUUCGAGCGUUGAGGGCAUUCAUUCUCCUUUGGGAUUAAGUAAAGGAAGUAAGCAAGCAUGUCUCUUUCCAUCACCAAAUGGAAGUAGUUCAAAAGAUGUUGAGGUACUGGGAUCCAGACCCUCAAAGGUGAGGAGAAAAAUGUUUGAUCUUCACCUCCCCGCUGAUGAGUACAUUGAUACUGAGGAAAGUGAAAAGUUUAAUCAUGAAAAUAUAAGUGGCUCGAAAAAGUUUCAUCCUGAAAUAAAUUGUAAAAAUGGAAAUGGAGUUACUGAGAAGCUAUUUUGCUGCAAUGGUAGGAAGGCUAGCAGUCAGGAACACACUUCUAGAUCUGAGAAAUCUUCAAGGAGCAGUAAUGGUUUGGCUGACUUAAAUGAACCUGUUCAAGUGGAAGAAUCCAAAGACAUUGCAUAUGUGCCUCCUCCACACCAUAAUUCUUAUGAAGUGGCAACUGAAUGCUCUAAUCUGUCUACCAAACAGAAGUCAAGGUUAUUUAGUUUGUCCAGAGAAGAUUUACUCAACUCACAUCAUGGAACUAACAGUUGGGCUCAAAGUAAUGGAUAUUUGGAGAGUAGUGGAAAAGUGUGCUUGUCAUCAAUGGAGACAGGGCAAGCUAAAAGCAGUGUGAGUUCUCUGUCACAUCAGACACAGUCACCACAAACCAACAGGAGUUUGGUAGAUAGUUGGCAUCUUCCUAUCAAUUUGAAGCUUAACCCAGGCUUUAAAUGUGAGACAUCUGUGAAGAAUGGAUUUUACCCCGGGAUUUCAUCUGGAUCCAAGGAGUUGUCAGGGAACUUCUCAUCAAUUAGCUAUGACUAUCUCAACCAUAAGAAUGAUUGCAAGAAGAUUACAGAACAGUUCAAUAAUGGUUCUAUAAACUUUUAUAACAGUUCAAAUUCAAAUUGCAAUGACAUCAAGUCUGGAAAAGAUAUUGACUUGAAUGUGCUGUUUAUAAAUGAUGGAGAACAGAAGCAUGAGGAGCAGCUUGCAGCGUUGCCUUGGCUUAGAGCGAAGACAAAAUGUAAGAAUGAGGCACAAAAUGCUGGUAGAAGCUUAACUGCUGGAGAGUUAAGCUUUUUCCAAGUUGCUUCUUCAUCUAACAUAAAUGAAACUGGAGAAGGGUCUAGUGGAAAAAUUAUGCACAGCAUAUCAGGUUUGGGUUCAAAUGAUAUUGAGCCAAGGAAGAUCAAAGCAAGUGAGAGCUGCAGUAAAAAGAAAAUUCUUGGUGUUCCCAUAUUUGAUAUGCCUCAAAUUUCUCCUAAGGGUUCAUCUUCAUGCAUUUCUCCCCCUGUCUCUGUUUCGCAUCCAUCUGACAUAGAAUCAGUGGGAAUUCAUCGGAAAAACCAGGUUCUUGAUAUGAACAUGCCUUAUGAUGCUGAUGUUCUUGAUUUGGACAAACAAGCUGGCGAUGAAACUAUUUUUUGUAAGAAAGGAUCAUCAAAGGAAACCAACUCUAGAAAUCAGAUUGACCUUAAUUUGAGUAUGAGUGAGGAUGAAACAUUUCUGACAGCUAUUCGAACUACCAGUGUAGAAAUGAAGGCAGAAAUAGAUCUCGAAGCCCCUGCUGUUCCUGAGACAGAGCAGGAUACCUUUUCUGAAGAGAAGCAGCUUGAAACAACUUUAGUAUCACCACUAGGCCCACAGGACACUGUUGAACAAACGCAGGAUGAAUCUUUGAGGCAUGCCGCAGAGGCAAUUGUCGUCCUGUCAUCUCAUUGCGGCGAUCAAGUGGAUAAUGUGAUCAGCAGUCCAUCAGAAAGGCCAAUGAUGGACCCUCUAAGUUGGUUCGUGGAUGUAGUUUCCUCAUGUACAGAUGAUUUACCGAGUAAGUUUGAUAAUUCACGGGGAAAAGAUGGUGAGGAUAAUGGGGAAAUGGAUUACUUUGAGUCCAUGACAUUGAAACUGACUGAGACCAAGAAAGAAGACUACAUGCCCAAGCCACUUGUUCCAGAAGAUUUCAAAGUCCAAGAAGCUGGAACAACUUCGUUGCCUACAACUCGGGCACGAAAGGGGCCAGCAAGGAGAGGGAGGCAGCGGAGGGAUUUCCAAAGGGACAUCCUUCCGGGUCUUACAUCUUUAUCAAGGCAUGAUGUAAGAGAAGAUCUUCAGACAUUUGGAGGGCUUAUGAAAGCUACAGGUCAUGCAUGGGAUUCAGGAUUAACCAGGAGAGGCUCUUCUAGGAAUGGAUAUGGCAGGGGUCGGCGAAGGUCACAGGUCGCACCAUCUCCCCCUCCCCCUCCUCCAGUGGCAAUGACUGAAACUUGCACUCCAUUGAAACAUAAGCUUAACAAUAUUGAAUUGGGAUUGGAGGAUAGAAGCCUAACAGGUUGGGGCAAGACAACUAGAAGGCCCCGCCGACAGAGGUGCCCUUCAGGUAAUCCGUCAUCUAUCUGGAUAAUCUAAUCAUUGUAUCAGACUCAAAUUUAUAUAUCAGAAUUUAUAGAGGGUAAACAAGCAAGCACAGGGAUUUCUCUUUGUACAUUUCUUCAAACCUGUAUUUGGAUAUAUGCUUGAUUCAGCCAGUCUUCAGGUGAAAGUUUAUAUACGAACUUGUUAUUAUUCUUAAAUAAUGUUGGAUGAUUAAUUCUUGGUUAUAUUUAAGAACUUUUGAGAUA